CGCAAGUCUCUGGGUCUUUGGCGUGAGUUGAAAGAAAUGAAAAGAAACAAACAAAAAAAAAACAUAUGCAGAAAACGGUGGAAAGAAAGUUGCUUUUCUCCUCUGCGCAUAUUCGGAGACGAAGACGAAGCAUAGCGAGCGAGAGAGAGAGAGAGAGAGCCCGAGGAGUGCGCAAAGUAUCCGCAAACGGUAGCAACGCGUUUGGCUUGGUCUCCUCCGGUGGUGGUGCCGUUUUGUGGUCCGUUGGAGGUUUUCUUGCUGCAGUUCGGCAGUGACCGCGGUUCGAGCAAGACGGCUUUUGCUAUCCCACGAAAAGAGUCGAGUCGAGUCGAGUGAAGUUGAAGAAACGCCAAUUUCGCCUCGAACGACGAUCUCGAGAGAAAGGAAAACCUAACGGACAGACAGGGGGAACCAACCCUUCGGAAGGCUCCUCAAACGCGCAGGCGCACAUACACCCUGUCCGAAAGAAACGCAGGGAUACAGCACUUCUUCGCGACCCAAACCGGAUACUAUUGGCAUGCAGAGUCGACGCCAGCCAACGCGAGUGACAAGUGAGAGUGGCCACGCCAAAUUGGAUUAAGGUUUUUUUUUGCGCAGACUGACUCAUAAUGGAGUUCCAGUUGGGGAGAAAAACUGUUUGAUCGUUGGAAAGUGACAAAACAGCCCAAAGCGCGCGCUGCGCAUUGUGGUGAAAGAGAAAAUCGUGUUUGAAUUUUUAAUAAAGCGGAAAAUAGUAGAAUAAUCCACUGUGCGGAAGGAAGGAAACAGUUUUCGUUUCUCGGAAGAAAAUGAAAAUUUUGUGAGUGAGGAAGUACUGCUACCUAGAGUGUGACCCUUGGAAAAUGAAAUGUGAAAUUUGCAUGCUGUGAACAGCUAUAAAAAAAAAACGAGAAACGUUGAAUUUUGUGUGGUAACAGGUGACGAGUGACGAAAGUUAAUUGCUCGAACAGACAACUUUACUUUGUGUGGUGUUAUUUCUUCGAUCGGAUAUUUGGGGCAACUCACAGACUGUUUGCGGAAGAGGAAGUGAUCGACACUGGAAAGUGAACUACGGUGAAGCAAUGAUACGUCGUAAACACAUCUACCAGCUGGCGCUGGUACUGCUAGGGGUUGUUAUCAACGCGCAGGAUAUCGCAGAAGAACAACCCACGGCAUCCCCACAAGUGGCAGCGGGUGCAAGCUGUCGAUUCCCGGGAGCCCCCGCCCACAGCACCGUUCAAUUCACAGAUGACAACCUAUCGGACGGAACGGUUGCAUCGUAUUCGUGCGAGCGAGGCUUCGAACUGCUUGGGCCCUCACGCCGGGUCUGUAACAAUGGCCAGUGGAUUCCGGAAGGAAUUCCAUUCUGCGUGCUGAACGUGGCCGCAGGCAAGGCUCCGAUGCAGAUCUCGACGGAUGCCUCCGGCAUCCCCCAGAAGGCGAUCGACGGAUCGUCGUCGUCUUUUUUCUCGCCGGACACCUGCUCGCUAACCAAGCCGGAACGAGUGCCCUGGUGGUACGUGAAUCUCCUGGAGCCCUACAUGGUGCAGCUGGUUCGGCUGGACUUUGGCAAGUCCUGCUGCGGCAAUGGGAAACCCGCAACCAUUGUGGUUCGCGUUGGUAACAAUCGACCGGACCUGGGAACCAAUCCGAUCUGCAACCGCUUCACCGGUACGCUCGAGGAGGGUCAACCCCUGUUUCUGCCCUGUAACCCACCGAUGCCGGGAGCGUUCGUGUCGGUCCAUCUGGAGACCAACGCACCCAGCCAGCUGUCGAUCUGCGAGGCGUUUGUGUACACCGACCAGGCGCUUCCGAUCGAGCGCUGUCCGGCGUUCCGCGAUAUGCCACCCGGUGCAUCGGCUUCGUACAACGGAAAGUGCUACAUCUUCUACAACCGGCAGCCAACGGGUCUGCGCGAUGCGCUGGCAUUCUGUCGGUCCCGCGGGGGAACGCUGAUCAACGAGAGCAACCCGGCGCUGCAGGGAUUCAUCAGCUGGGAACUGUGGCGGAGACACCGUAGCGAUACCUCCUCGCAGUACUGGAUGGGAGCGGUUCGGGACACCCAGGACAGGAACACUUGGAAGUGGAUCGGAGGCGAGGAGGUGUCGGUCUCGUUCUGGAAUCUCCCCGGAGGAGAUGAGGACUGCGCACGGUAUGAUGGAUCCAAGGGUUGGCUCUGGAGUGACACCAACUGUAACACGCAGCUGAAUUUUAUCUGUCAACAUCAGCCUAAGGCUUGUGGUCGUCCGGAGCAGCCUCCCAACUCGACAAUGGUCUCCCCACAGGGCUUCGACGUUGGCGCCACCGUUGAGUACAACUGCGACGAAGGACACUUGCUGGUUGGGCCUGCUCAAAGGACUUGCCUGGAGACGGGCUUCUACAAUGAGUUCCCUCCGGUGUGUAAAUACAUUGAGUGUGGUCUUCCGGCUUCAAUCCCCUAUGGCAGCUACAACCUGAUUAACGGCUCUGUUGGAUAUCUCAGUUCGGUACUCUACAGAUGUGACGAAGGUUACGAAAUGGUUGGCCGGGCGCUGUUGACUUGCGAUAUUGACGAACGUUGGAAUGGACCGCCACCCCGUUGCGAAAUUAUCGAGUGCGAGCCGCUACCAACGUUGUUCCCGAACGGAGAUAUCAUAGCAUCAAACACUACAGUGUACGGCUCCCGCGCGGAAGUUGUCUGUAACCGUGGCUACAUACCGGAAACUCAAGAGACGGAGAUUCAUUGCACGGCAACCGGUCAGUGGAGCAACAUUCUGCCAAAAUGCGUGGAAGACCCGGACAGUAGGAUACUGUCAACGACGGCGGCCCCAACGACUACCACCCCUAGACCUGCGCCGGUGUUGAUUGUAUCGACAACUACGGUCCCGGUCACUCAGUACACACAGAAACGGCCCCAGACGAGACGCCCGACGCGUCCAACGACCCGUUUCACGACGUCCACUUCGACCACUCAGUCUCCGCUGUUUAGCAUCGAGAUUGACGAUGGUAACGAUAGCGAUGGCUUAGAUGGAUUCUUCGUCGGUACUAACGAGGAUUACUCUCUCCCACCUCUAGAAGUGCGCCCGGGAGUGGUUCGAGAAGAGUUACCUCCGCGAAAACCCUUCCACCCGACUCAGAAUGUGAUACCGAAGAUCCCAACCGUGCAGCAAGUUCCACCGAUCAGAGUGAAACCGCAAUACCACGAACCACUACCGACUACAAGCACUGCUACUACUACUACCAUUACUACCACAACUACACAGACUCCACUACAAACACGACCAUCUACGACUACCACGACACGGCAGACGACCACCACCACGCGAUCCCCACAGGACAUCAUUCUCUCGCAACACCCACAGGACAACGAAAUCGCCGGAUCCGUCAACAUCCAGCAGGACCAGUCACCCAAAGUGAACAUACCGUUCGCGGUGGACAACUCCGACGCCGGCGGCGAAGCCUCGGGCGGACCAUUCGGUGGUCUCGGAGGAGCGAACGGCGGCCACGGCGAUCGCAAGGAAGCCAAAAAUGCCCGCCUCAACCUGGGAGCCAUCGUGGCGCUGGGAGCCUUCGGUGGUUUCGUGUUUCUAGCCGCCGUCAUCACCACCAUUGUGAUCGUUGUGCGAAGAAAUCGCACGGCGAACCAGCACUACCGGCACCGGGCCUCACCGGACUGCAACACGGUCGCGUCCUUCUCCAGCUCCAGCUCGGAGUCCCGCAACGGGCUGAACCGGUACUACCGGCAGGCGUGGGAGAACCUGCACGAGACGGCCUCCAAGAGCCACAACAGCACCCACAGCGGGCUGAAGCGCAAGGAGACGAUGGAUGCGCCGACGCCGAGCAGGUCGCGCUCGCGGGAGAACCUGGGCAGCGGCGGCGCGGCCGAACGCCAGACGCGGGAUCUUGAUAGAUUUUUUAUCGACAGAUCCCGGGAGAACCUCUCCUCCAACCGCAGCCGGGACUACCCGCGGGACAGUAUGGCCGUCCGGGACGGAUCCGAGAUGGUCGUAUCGGACGUGUGCGUCAAGGGCGAGAAGAAACGGCACCACCACCAUCACCACAAGAACAACAACUACCGAGGCGUCGAGGGAGAUCGGGGUCGCGUUGGCGGCGGCGGUGGCAUCCACCGAGACAAUGGCGACUUCCGGGAGCCGAACAUCAUCGGCAGCGGGGGCAACGGAAACGGACGCCGAGCGGACCACAGACACUAUUGACACCGUAGAAUGGUAAUCACUGUCAGAAUGGAAGGAAAGAAGGACUGGGUCCUGAUGGGCCCACGUUGGGACUGAAAACCACUUUCUUUCUGUCAUCUUCAUCUUCACUGUCUUAAAAACAGAAACACUCUUUCCCUCUCCGUAUUCUGAGCUCCUGUUCUAAUCAUACGAAAGUAUUAAUUUAUUGCGCGUUUUUAAAAUUUCGCGAUCUUCAUCUUACUCGAAAAAAAACAUAAAACUACUCCAAAAAAAUAUUCACUGAACAAAAUUAACAUUAAGCAAUUUGAUAGUCAAAACGUAAACAUUUCAUCCACACACGGCACUCACCAUUUUGACAGAUGCACUGAAAGAAAUUUUCUUCCGAUUUUGAUUGUGAUGUACCAUAAUGUGGUAGGACUUCAAUCCCAACCUUUCCCUCACACAAUAUCUUAGUAGCAAACUUAAGAAACGGCAACAAAAGUGCUUGAAAAUUUCUUUCAGAAAGUCCCACCUUCCCUUUCCACGGAUUAUACUCGUAUCUAACCAUCCAUUCACCUAUCCUUAGUAUCCACAUAUUCGGUGGGAUCGAUCUUGACCGCGUCUAAACCCGAAACCCCCCGAAAGUCCCUCGCCCCCCGCUAGCAGUGUUAGUUUGUGGUAUAUCACUUUAGAAUAAACAAAAAUCGUGGGAGGGAGGGGACGCAGGCGUUUAGACACGGUCGACAGUGCUCCCCGCACAAUCAACCCCUCGUUCUCCUUCAACACACCGCCCAUCGCACCACCCAUUAACCCUUCUCAUCGAAAGUCAUUAAUUUAUUACCAAUUGAAUCGUUUUUUUUUUUUGUUUUGGAUUAUCCCCCUAGUAUAAUAACGAUAUGUUUUGUUAUCGCCUUUUUCGUUGUUUGUUAAACAUAACUAAGAUGCAAAGUUUGUUAAGUUCUCAUUCUCGUCGGCGGUAGCCGCGCGAGAAUUGUAAACCAUUGUUUAAGCUCGAAGACAAAGAUUAACACAGAAGAGAGUUGCAAUAUAUACGUGUGUUCUAGUGAACCUCCAUCCAACCCAUUAAAGUUCUAGGAAUAGUGCAUCUAUUUCAGCACCACCCAUCCCUACAACCUCCCUCAAUCACAAUAACAGGAAUAUAAAAGCUUGAACAACAAUCUUCGAUUAAUCGUAGGUAGGGACAAUUUUGCAUUUCAUUCGAUACCAAUUUGGAAAACACGGCCGUGUUGUUAACCACGGCGUUAACAAACGUGUGAUUUAUUAUCUUCUGCCGCGAGAAGGCGAGAAGAAAAAAAAAAGCAAACAAACAAACACAAAGCGCGCUCAAGUACGUUGUUGUAAAAUGUUGACAAUUUAAUCGGUAUAUUAGACAAAUUUAAAAAAAAAGUAUCAUAAUUGUUAUGCAACUAAUUCGAAAAUCAUGGGAAAAAACAAUGAUUUUAUGUUAGUGGUAUUUAGGAGACACAGCGAGGAAAGUUAAAGCUGGUUAAACGUUGUUUCGUGUUGGUAUAUAUAUAUUUUUAUAACGUGAAACCAAACGAGAAAAAAAUGUAAGAAAACAGGGGACGGAAAAAUGGCGGUUUGCCACUUUUUCCCUCUCAGGACAGAGGAAAGUCCUGAUUAAAAAUGAUGUACAUAGUAAUCGUAUUCAGUAAAGUGUAGAAAUAAUCGAAA